GAGGUAGAAAAUGGCGGGGAUGUUGGAGCAUCCGAACGUGGAGUCGCCGUCGCCGAAAUCCAUGGAGGAGGCAGAGCAGGCUGAAGGGCAAGUCAAGUCUUCAAAGAAGACUGAAGACUUGCUGGAAAUGGUGAAAAAGUUGCAGAAAGAAGGAAGUCUGGAGCCACAGAUCGAGGACCUGAUUAACCGGAUUAAUGAGCUUCAGCAAGCAAAGAAGAAAUCCAGUGAGGAACUGGGAGAGGCCCACGCUGUCUGGGAGGCCCUGCACAGAGAACUAGACUCCUUGAAUGGAGAGAAAGUCCACCUAGAGGAGGUCUUGAGCAAAAAACAAGAGGCCCUGAGGAUCCUUCAGCUGCACUGCCAAGAGAGGGAAAGUGGGGCUCGGAGGGAGCACAUGUUGCAGGAGUGCGUGGAGCAAAUGUCUGUCCACAAUUCUCAGAUCGCAGAGAAUCACCGUCAGUGGGAAUGGGGGUCAGAUGUCAGAGAAGAGCUGGAGGAGCCAACGGGCCUGGACACGGACCUCUGGGAAUUCUAUAUGCUGCGGCAGAGACUGGCCCGAGAGAUCCGCGCCCUAGAGAGCAGCAGGGAGCAGCUGCGCGCAGAGAAGAAGCUGCUGCGGGCCCAGCUGCGCCAGGUGGAGGAGCGUCUGCGCUCACAGCCCGGGGUCCAGGGCGCCCCAGUGGGGAACGGCGGGCAGAAGGCGGAGCCGGAGAAAUUCGGGGGGCAGGGCCUCGUCCAAAACCACAGCGCCCCAGAGCCCGGGCCGGGCAAAGGGGAGCAGGGCUCUUCGAGCUCCUCCACGCCCGAGACGAGGAGGCCCUGCAGCCGCCGGGGAAGCUGGCCCUGACGCCACCCUAAGUCAGUGGGACCCGUUCUGUCCCCGCCCGUCUUCAAGGCCCGCCAAGAAAUAAAGGCAUGCUUUCCGACAGUCCUCCAGCUCCAGAGCUG